CACACUGACUGUCCACCUGGGAUGCCACCUCCGGAUGACAGCACUGCCCACCGAAAUUGGCCUCACUUCUUUCAGGACCGAAAUGAAAUCAGCGAGCACUGCCUUGAGCAGUGUUCAGCUCAAUGGUGCGGACUCUUCAGCAGCUGUUACCAUGAGUCAGCACCAGAAACUUGCAGCCACUGCGAGCAGGAUGACGGAAUCCUACUUGCUCAUCGUGGUUUGGCUCGACAGCACGAAUUGGAUGAUCUCAGCAUACAACUCCGUGCUGAACGCGUUGGAUUUCAUGACCGGCGCAAAGCCUGCCGGUGCGGAGGGCUACACUGCAAUGCCCUCACAGAGCCAAGCGCAUCAUGUGCCCAACCCGCUGCUGGAGCCUCCCUCGACCUCAAAAGCUGCAUUGCCACAGCACCGGUCGGUGACGUCUUCAAGACGCAUCUGCCGGGAGAAAUGCCCUGCAGCCCAGCGGCCCGAUGAUGGGAAAGUGCAGGCCCGGCUCCCCACGGCAGCCGGCAGUGACGGCCCU